AUGUCGCUAUCAGACAAGCGCAAGGCUUCAUCAGCGGCGGCAGGACCAUCAUCCUUUUCCGCAGCAUCCUCGUCCAAACGCGUACGCAUCGAUGAGCCUUCAGGGCGACAACGUAAGCGUGAGGACACCGACUUCUUCGACGGUGACCCCGAGAUUGAGGAGGAGGACCGUCGUCGCAUACGCAAAGACCAGAAGAGCGGUCGCAUCGAUGAUCGAGGCGAGGACCUUUCGGAUAGCGACGAGUCCGAUGGCAAUGGCGCCGACCUGUUCAACGGCGAUGGAGACGAUUCCGAUGCAGAAGCGGAUGCUGGAUCACAUCGCAGAAGAGCAGAGAAGAAGAGAAGAGGCGAUGCUGCAGGUGCAGCAGGCGACGACGUCGACGAGGACAUGUUUGACGUAGCAGACGAAGAUGAUAAGAAACCAAGCUCAGGUCAAGCAGGGACAAAGGGCGCGGCACGCGACAAGUAUCCCAAUCUUGGCGAGUUGGAAGAAGGCCAAGACUUUGGCUCCAAAAAUCGCUCGACGCUGGAUGCAGCAGAUGACGACGCAGAGCUCUUGAGAGGUGGCGUUCGAGAUGAUGACGAUGAUCUUGAUCCGGAUCUCGAGCUCGAAGACGACGAGGACCAGGAGGACCAGGAGGACGACGAUCAAGGUCCCGUCGAUCUCAACGCCCUUGCAGAACGUUCACCGCCCACGUCUCCCGGCGGCACCCCUCUCUCCACGGUGCCUGGCAAAUCCAAAAAGAAACACAGCAAAGCCAAGGCGCCCAAGGUGACAGGCUUCAACAUGAAGGCGGAGAUGCGCACAGGCAAGUUCGACGCCGACGGAAACUACCACGAAAACCAACGCGAUCCACACGCACAGCACGACGCAUGGCUUGCCGGCAACUAUUCCAAGUCCAAGAUCCUCGAAGCGCGCAAAGCUCAGCAGAAACGAGACCAGGAAGCGCGCGAAAAGGAGAAAGCAGCACAGCAAGCCGACGGAGAUGAAGACGAAGUGAAGAUGCGACUAGUCGAAUACAUGCAGCGAGCAGAGACGGUUCAGAGGACACUGCAGAGGUUGGGCAAAAUAUCCGCAGAAAAGCGAAAGGAACUCAAGGCCAAGACUAUCACAGAGGAGCAGGCGAAGCAAGCAGCAGCGGACGUCGAAGCAGUCACCCAUCUCUCCUCGGUGCUCAUGUCCCGCUUUGGUCGGUUGGACAUCUACGAUCACACCUACGAGCAGCUGCUGCACGACGUUCACAAGUCCGGUCUGGUCCGGCAGACGUUUGAUCCAGCCGCCAAGUUUGAUCCCCCGACCGCACCCGCUCCCACCACCUCGACGACGAAUGGAGAGGCUGCAGCAACGGCGGAAGCAGCAGGCGAAUGGGAGUACCGCUGGACACCCUCCUAUCUCGCCGCAGCCGCAAGAGAAGCAGGCACUCCUGUCGACCCCGAGGUUCAAAUCUUUGGGCCUUUCAGCCUCACCGACUUGAAAAGCUGGGCUGAGCAGGGCUACUUCGGCGACGCUGGAGAGCGCAUUUUGCUCCGAUCUAGAGGCUCGACGGACGCGUGGUCGACGUAUAACGAUGCUGUGUCGAGCACACAGUAA